AUGUUUUUAAUAUUAAAAUCGAUAACAUGUUAAGUAACAGAAAUUACACUGUAUCCAACAUUAGGAGAGUACUACUAGUAUCCCUUAAAUGAAAUGAUGUCCUAUAAUGCGAUAGUCUAAGACUAUUUGCCAUGUGAAAUUCAUCCUCAAAUUUCCAUUGCUCAAGUCACAAAUCAUCACUAAGAAAUUUUCAAAACAAAAGGAUUUAGUAAAAAUACUAAUUUAAUUAUAUAGAAUUUAAAUCAUUAUCGUCAAAUUUUACCCAUUUUGCUGCUCUAACAAAUAAUAAUUCAGUAUUUUUCUAUUAAUGGAAAGAUUAAUAAAUGAAAUAAGUUGGAUAAUCAAUAAAUAUUGAUUUUGAAAAUGAUUGCUUUAAUAUCAAUCUUUCAAUUGAUUUUGGGAUUGUAGUUGAUUGUUAUUUAAAUAACUAAUUGCAUUUUUUCCAAUCAAUAGAUGGAACAUCAAUUAUUGAUCACAAAUUUUAAUCACAGAGGCCUUAAUCAACCAAAAUAUUAUCAAUUCUAAAUGGAACAAAAGUUUUUAUAACUUAUGCCUAAUAUUAUUCAGAUUAUUCUAUACUUUCUCUUUUAUCUAAUUAAUUGUAUAAUUUAAGUUCUUUAAAUUUUUAAUUUAUUGAUUUUGAUGCACCUAUUAAAAUUAGCCCAAAUAUAUAUAUACUAACAUUAAAGGCGGUCUAUUAAUAUUCUAUAUCAGAAGAGUCUUCAUUUCAAUAUAGAUCAAAUCUCGUAUAAAUUCAAUUGAAUUUUACCACGAUUGAUGUCUAUUAUGAUUAUGAAACUAACCCCAAAUUUGAUUCAAUAUUAAUAUGUGCAUUUUAUCUAUAAUACACGAUAAUACCAUUAAAUGGAAUUGAAAACUAAGCAAUUUUAAAUGGGUCUACUGAAAUUUAAGUAUUUGGAGAGAUCUUUUAGAUAUUCUAAAAUCAAGAAUAUCGAAUAUUUUAAGGUUUUAAUUAUUUAGAGAUAUAUUAUUAUCCCUAGGGGGAUGAAUUCACUUAUAAACUAAGAAUCUAGAAAAAUUCCAAAUUAUUUCUCAACAAUUAUAAUGAAUUAUUUUUAUUUAAUGAAGAGAUCAUUGUUUAUUUAAUUUCAUAACCAUUCUUAUCAAUAAAUCUAACUAAUAAUGAAUCUAUUGUUUAUAAUUAGAAAAUGAAUCUUAUUUGUUCUGAGUUUUUAGGGGUAAAUUAAUAUAUUCUGGUAAAAAUUAAUUUGUAAAUCUUGUUUCCUAAUGAUACAAACAUUUAUGUAAUGGAUAAUCAAGAGCUACUAGAGUAUAGAACAUAUUGGAAUAAAGAGAUAUAUGUUUAAUCAUUUUAAAGUUAUUCGGGAUAAUUAUUAAAUUAUUCAAUUAAUUAAGUUUAAGUCAAUUACACAUAAAAUACUUAUUCUUAAUUUUGUUAAAUCUCAUAAGCAUUUUAAUUAGCAUAAUUAUUGGGAACUGAAUAUCUUAUUGGAUAUCAAAAUAAAUCGAUUGAAAUUUUUUAUUUUUAGAAUGGUUUCCAACAAUUAAUCUCUAUAGAUACUAAUGUUAUAUCAAAUUGUUUAUAAGCUUCUUACGGCAUUGAUCCUUACCUCAUAAUCUUUGGAAUAAAUAAUAAAAAUACAAUUUAUCUAUUUUAAUAUGAUUUAAAUAAUACUGUGUAUCAAUAAAAUUUUACUUUUGAUUAAGAAUUCUCAGAUUUUCUUAUUACAUUCAAAAAUAUAAUAAUCCUAAUAUAUAAAAAAGAAAUUUAAAUUAUGACAUUGAACUUUACCAAUAUAUUUGUUUUAAAUGAAUUGCAAAUAAUUAAAUACUUCAACAAAAUUUAGUUUAAUCCUAUUUAAAUUGUUAUGAAUAUAUAGUAAUCUCUAUUAUAUAUUAAUAAUAUUAAUGAAAUAAUUAUUGUUACAAUUAGUGAAAAUAAUACUCCAAUACCUGUCUCAUUAAUUCAAGUAAAUUAUAAAAUAAAAUAAAUAAAUUUAAUGAAUAACUAACUGAUAUUAUCAUAUGUUUGUAAUAAUAGUCAAAACAUUUGUUUUGAAGUCUAUAAUAUUGAAAAAUUACCGAAAUUUUAUUAUGUAAAAAGUUUAUAUAGUUUGAAUUAUGAUAAAAAUGUAAUAGUAUAAUCAGAUAAUUUGUUUUUAUAUGUUACUUAUAGUAACUACUCUACCUACAUAUACAAUCCUUCAUAUCCAUAACAUAUGAGUUUAUAUUAUAAGUUAGAAUUAAAAUCCCCUAUUUUAUGUAGUGUAGCUAUUAUAUUGAAUUCAAUUAAUGGUUAUUCUAUGAUACUUCAAUAAGAAACUUUCUAUAAAUUGGUUUCUUUAUAAUCAAUCACUUAUAGCGAUUAAUCCUCUACUGUUGACUUUUUAAAAACUUAUCCCCAAAUUAUAUUUAAUCUUUCUAUAACUUCAGGAUUGAAUCAGUCAGUUAAUUAUACACUUCCUAAUUAAAGUAUAAUUUAUUUUAAUAAUUUCAUUAUUUUUUAGGAUAGAAUAAACUCAUUAAAUGUAUCCUGGGAUAUGAUUAAUUUUCUAACUAAAUCGUUCACAUAUCCUUUGAAUCUAAUAAUUGACAGAUAAGUUAGUAAUUGCUCCAUAAAUCCAGAUGUUCCUAAUUGCGAAAUAAAUGUUAAUCAAAUUGAAAUUAUAGAUAACAAAUGGAUCAAUUAUUCAUUAAUCACAUCAAUAAAUAAUACAUACUUUGCUUUACAAAAUAAUGAUAGUAUUUUAAUCUUAGAUAUUGAUUUGUAAGUGAUUUCAAAUAUAUCUUACACUAAUUUUGGGUUCAGUAGUUGCCUAAACUCUGUUUCAAGCUCUUUUUAAUUAUAUUCAAUAUGUGAAAAUAGUUCUUCCUUAUAUUUGCUUACUUUUGACUUAAUGAAUAUUACAGCUAUUUAAGAAAAAGAACCCAUAAUGCUUCCGGAUAUAUUUGAAAAUAUUUGCAAACUGAACAUUGUUUAAGAUCAAAUUUUUAUAUUAGGAGCUUUACCUAAUUAAACUCAAUAAUUGUAUUGGUUUAAUUAAUCUGAAAAUAACUUUAUAUGCUUAUCAAAUAUGCCUUCUUAUUAUGGUUUUUUUACUACUGAAUGCUAGGAUUUUUCUACAGUAGGUAUUGGUAUUUCUUAAAAUAACACAAAAUUGAUCAUUAUUGUAAUGGUAAUAUAAAAUAGUUUAUUUUAUCGGAACAUGAUAACUGAAGAUUACAUAGUCAAACUCUCAUAACUAGGUGGAUUUAUGGAUAUUAUUGAAAAUUAUAUAAAGGUAUAUUAAGUCAUGAUUAUGGAUAUUUUUAAGUCAAAUAUAUAUAUCUUUGUAGCUACCCCUACUUGUAGUUAUAUUUUUACUUUUUAACUAGAGGCUAUAAUAAGUUUUUAACAGCCAAUACCAGUUUAAAAUAUAUAAACAAUUCCCAAUUAUCUUAAUUUAACUUAAACAAGUAACUCAAUAUAUCAAAAUGGCAUAUUGGUACAACCAUUUUUAUAUCAAAAUUAUUAUGUUGUUGGUGCUUAUUAUUUAGAUAAUUUAUUAAACAACAUAAAUGAGCCUUAUUUAAUGUAAGGUUUAUUUAAUACUACAUCAUUACAAUAUGCAAUGAUUGUAGAUUCAAAUCACAGUUAAUGA